UACGAAAUCAGCGGAUACCAAUUACAAGCUACUUGUAUAGUUGUAUCCGCAUCACCGCAUGAACACUAGCCACCUGAGCCCAAAGACUUCCAUUAAAUGAAACAAUAGCGACUGAGUGAGUAUAAGCUAUAACUGGUGCGCGGGAAGCUGAAAAGCAAGAAGAAAUCUAGAAAAAUGGUGACGAUGGAAGAUGCAGCAGCAAAGUUGAACAAAAAUGGCGAAGAAGAAAUUGCAAAUGCGAAGGUAGAAGAAGAAGAAGAUGACGAACACGAUUGCAAAGAGAGGGUUUUGCAAAAGUACUUCCUUCAAGAAUGGAAUGUCGUCAAAUCCAUUCUCGACGACAUCGUUUCCGCCGGUCGCGUCUCCGAUCUUUCCUCCGCUUACAAGAUCCGCACCAUUAUGGACAAGUAUCAGGAGGAAGGACAGCUAUUGGAGCCUUACCUUGAAACCAUAGUUUCUCCGUUGAUGUUCAUCAUCCGUUCCAAAAUAAUUGAUCUAGGAACAGAUUCGGAUGAAAUUCUUGAAGUGGUUAAGCCUGUUUGCAUUAUUAUUUAUACCUUAGUUACUGUUUGCGGACACAAAGCUGUUACCAAGUUCUUCCCACACCAGGUUUCUGACUUAGAACUUGCUGUAUCUCUCCUAGAGAAGUGCCAUGCAACGAAUACGACAACAUCCCUGCGCCAUGAGAGUACUGGGGAGAUGGAAGCAAAAUGUGUUAUACUAUUGUGGCUAUCUAUACUUGUUCUGGUUCCUUUUGACAUUUCUUCUGUUGAUACAAGUAUGGCACAAACUGGCCAUUUGAAGGGAGAUGAGCCACCACCUCUGGUACUAAGAAUAUUGGAAUUCUCCAAGGACUAUCUUUCAAAUGCGGGUCCCAUGCGUACCAUUUCUGGCCUGCUACUCUCAAGACUUUUGACACGGCCUGAUAUGCUGAAGGCUUUUACCAGCUUCACUGAAUGGACUCAUGAAGUAUUGUCUUUGUCAUCGGAUAAUGUCAUGGACCAUUUCCGUUUGCUUGGUGCCGUGGAAGCUUUGGCUGCAAUUUUAAAGGCUGGUAGCAGAAAAGUCCUACUUGACGUGGUACCAAUUGUCUGGAAUGAUGUAUCUGCAUUGAUGAAAUCUAGUGUGGCAGGUCGAAGCCCUUUGCUUCGCAAGUAUCUUGUGAAGCUCACUCAGAGAAUUGGUCUUGUUUGCCUUCCUCAUCGUUCUCUAUCUUGGCAUUAUAAGGGUAAAGUUGCAUCUCUGGGACAGGAUCUAUUAGCCAAUAAUGCGAAAAGUACAGAUCACUGCAGUCAUGGUGUUGAUAUGAAAUCAUCUAAAAAUCAAAGCAUGAUCAGUGAAGAAGACGAAGAAAUGGAUGUUCCAGAAGUUGUAGAAGAGAUUAUUGAAGUGCUACUGACUGGCUUGAAAGAUACGGACACUGUUGUUCGUUGGUCUGCAGCGAAAGGUAUUGGCCGUGUGACCUCACGUCUCACAUUUUCCCUCUCAGAUGAAGUCCUCUCAUCUGUGCUGGAGUUAUUUUCACCACGCGAGGGAGAUGGUUCGUGGCAUGGAGGCUGCCUAGCUCUGGCUGAGCUUGCUCGUAGGGGAUUGCUGUUGCCAAUUAGUCUUACAAAAGUUGUCAAUGUUGUUGUUAAGGCAUUGCACUAUGAUGUUCGAAGGGGUCCGCAUAGUGUUGGGGCGCACGUACGUGAUGCUGCUGCCUAUGUUUGUUGGGCAUUUGGUCGUGCAUAUUAUCACGCUGACAUGAGAAGCAUACUGGACCAACUCGCUCCUCAUCUGUUGACAGUUGCUUGUUAUGAUCGUGAGGUAAAUUGUAGAAGAGCAGCUGCUGCAGCCUUUCAGGAAAAUGUAGGGAGACAAGGAAAUUAUCCGCAUGGUAUUGACAUUGUGAAUACUGCAGAUUACUUUGCUCUUUCAUCACGCGUGAAUUCGUAUCUCAAUGUGGCUGUCAGCAUUGCUAAGUAUGAGGGGUAUCUUUCCCCUUUUGUGGAUGAACUGCUAACUAGCAAAAUGUGUCACUGGGAUAAAGGCUUGAGGGAACUUGCUGCUAAAGCCCUUUCUGACCUUGUAAAUUAUGAUCCAGAGCAUUUUGCAAACUCUGUUCUGGAGAAAAUAAUACCUAGCACUUUAUCGACCGACUUGUGCAUGCGUCAUGGUGCAACAUUAGCAGCUGGAGAAGUUGUUUUGGCUCUGCAUAAGUGUAGUCAUACCCUUUCUGCGGAGAAGCAGAAACAACUUGCUGGUGUUGUUCCUGCUAUUGACAAGGCACGCCUUUAUCGUGGAAAGGGUGGAGAAAUAAUGCGUGCAGCUGUUUCUCGGUUCAUUGAGUGUACCUCUAUAGCUCAUGUACUAUUACCUGAUAAAAUAAAAAGAAGUCUGCUUGACACACUUAAUGAGAACCUGAGGCAUCCAAAUGCUCAGAUACAGCUAGCUGCGGUUGGUGCCUUGAAACACUUUGUUCCAGCGUACCUUCAACCGACGAACGGUAAAGGUACUUCUGAUAUAACAGCAAAAUAUAUCGAGCAGCUGAGUGAUCCUAAUGUAGCGGUAAGACGAGGCUCUGCAUUGGCACUUGGUAUUUUGCCUUCUGAAUUUCUUGCUAAAAGAUGGAGGGAGGUACUCACAAAGCUUUCUAAGUCAUGUGAAAUUGAGGAAAAUCUUGAAGAUCGGGAUGCUGAAGCACGGGUAAAUGCUGUCAAAGGUCUUGCUGCUGUGUGUGAAAUUUUGGCUGAAUCAAGAGCAUCUGCGCAUUUUGAAGAGGAUGAUAUGCCACUUUUUCUUCUCAUCAAGAAUGAGGUUAUGAGGAGUUUGUUUAAAGCCCUUGAUGAUUAUUCUGUGGACAAUAGAGGUGAUGUUGGUUCUUGGGUUCGUGAGGCUGCUAUGGAUGCCCUUGAGAGGUGUACUUAUAUACUUUGUAGGAGAGAUGCUAUAGGUUCUCAAAGUGAUAUAGAAGAAUCGUCACACGUUUCAGAACAUUAUGCAAUCAGGAAAAACCAGAUGAACUCAUUAUUUGAUGAAGAGCUUGCUAUCAGUUUAGUUGGAGGAAUUCUGAAGCAAGCUGUAGAAAAAAUGGACAAGUUAAGAGAAUUUGCUGCCAAGGUUCUUCAAAGGAUUCUUUACAACAACAAAAUAUCCAUCCCCUUCAUACCUUACAGGGAAAAGUUGGAGGAAGUUAUACCUACUGAUACAGAUUUAAAGUGGGGGGUACCUACACUCUCAUAUCCUCGUUUUAUACAGUUGCUUAAGAUUAGUUGUUACAGUAGAUCUUUACUCUCUGGACUGGUUGUAGCAAUUGGUGGGUUACAGGAGUCUCUUGGAAAAGCAUCACUUGCAGCUUUGAUAGAUUAUCUGCAAAUGACCAAAACCCAAAAUGUUGAUGAAAGAGUCUCACGGGAGCUCAAUUUUUCCACAGACAUACUUUGGGUCCUGCAGGAAUAUAAAAAAUGUGAUCGAGUCAUCACACCUACUAUGAAGACUAUAGAGAUUCUCUUCAGUAAGAAGUUCUUCCUAAGCAUGGAGGCCCAUACAGCAGCGUUCUGUGCAGGACUAUUGGAUUCAAUUAAAAUGGAGUUGCGGGCGUGUAAGGACUUCACAAAAUUGUAUUCAGGAAUUGCCCUACUUGGUUAUAUUGCAUCAAUUUCAGAACCAAUUAACAUACAAGCCUUUUCCCAUCUGCUCUCUUUCCUUGGGCAUCGAUAUCCUAAGAUUCGGAAGGCUUCAGCUGAACAAGUGUAUCUUGUCCUACUACAAAAUGGAAAUUUGGUGCCUGAAAACCAGAUGGAGAAAGCUCUUGAACUUAUUUCCGAAACCUGUUGGGAAGGUGACUUAGAAGAAGCAAAGCAACAAAGAUUACAAUUAUACGAGCUAGCUAGUCUAGAUCCUGGUCCGCUUCUUAAAGGCAGCUCUGGUGUGUCUAAAAAGGAUAUGGAGCAAAAGCAGUCGAUUUAUGAUGAACAUGCUUCGUACUCUGCUUUAGUUGAAUCAUCAGGUUUUUAAAUGUAAUAAUCUAUUUGUACUUUGCAGUCUGCAACUCUGCAUUCAUAAUUGAGAGAGUCAGAAAUCAGAAUGCCAAUCCCUCUUUUGGUCUACAAAUGUUCUGAGGAAAAUAGAUGGGGUUUCAGUUUCAACCUUGAAAUAUGUAUACAUGAUUAAAUAUGUUUUAUGAUAUGAAGCAUUGCAGCAAUAAUGGCGCAUUGUAAAUGUAACUUUUACGAUUCACUAUUGAUAAAUGUACAAAAUUAUCAAGCAAUACACAACUUAAGUAAUCCUUAAUUCCUUAUA